ACUUGGAGCCGAGAGCGCCCGACUGUCCCCUGGCGCCACCUCCUACCCCAGCGGCCGGCCCUGAGGCGCCUGCGCACUUGGAGGAAGCGCCUUCCCCGGGGACCGAGGACUGGGAGGUGGCGCUUUUGGGAGGUGCCCAGAAGUGAGGAGCUCAUCUGCCUGUCUGUUUCGCGGAGCCGGCGCCCGGGUCCCUCCAGUCACCGCUGUCGUUUAGAUCAUGUCCAAGUCAUUGAAGAAAAUUGUGGAGGAGAGUAGGGAGAAGAACAUCUUGGAGGUGGACAUGUGUGAGCGAAACGUCUCUAACAUGGUGGACAUACCUGGCUUGUUUACUUUGUCUCACAUCACACAGCUGGUUCUCAGCCACAACAAGCUCACAACUGUGCCUCCAAACAUUGCAGACCUAAGGAAUUUAGAAGUACUCAACUUCUUCAACAAUCAGAUUGAGGAGCUGCCUACCCAAAUCAGCAGCCUUCAGAAGCUGAAACACUUGAAUCUUGGCAUGAACAGGCUCAACUCCUUGCCACGAGGAUUUGGCUCCUUACCAGCCCUGGAGGUUCUUGACCUGACUUACAAUAACUUAAAUGAGAAUUCACUGCCUGGAAACUUCUUCUAUUUAACCACCUUGCGUGCACUCUAUCUAAGUGACAACGAUUUUGAAAUCCUGCCACCAGAUAUUGGGAAGCUCACAAAGUUGCAGAUACUUAGCCUUCGGGAUAAUGACUUGAUAUCACUGCCUAAAGAAAUUGGUGAACUCACUCAGCUUAAAGAACUUCAUAUCCAAGGGAACCGACUUACUGUGCUGCCUCCGGAGCUAGGUAAUUUGGAUUUGACUGGUCAAAAACAAGUCUUCAAAGCAGAGAAUAAUCCUUGGGUCACCCCUAUUGCAGAUCAGUUCCAGCUUGGCAUUUCCCAUGUAUUUGAAUAUAUUCGUUCAGAAACAUACAAAUACCUUUAUGGCAGACACAUGCAGGCCGACCCCGACCCUCCGAAGAAGAACAAUGACAAAUCCAAGAAGAUCAGUCGUAAGCCUCUGGCUGCUAAGAACAAAUAAGGACCCUGCAUGUCCCAUUCUGCUAUUUUGUUUUGCAUGUCUCUCUCAUUCUUUUUUUUUUUAAGAUAUAUUUGCUAAAACAAAUGACUAUUUUAUAAAAUAAAAGCAAAAAUGCCUUUUUCUAUCUACAUCUAUUCACAAAGUAUGAACUGCCUUGGUUAAUGAGCCAAUUAGUAUGAGGCAGGCUAUAAAUGAAGAUGAUAAUAAAAGCUAAUAAUUAUUACCAAUUACUGCUUAAAUCCUGCAGCCGUCUAAACUACUGUAAACCACUUUAUCUGCUCUAGAAACAUGGCCAAAAUGUUUAAUUCACACAGCCAGCGAUGCUUUCCUGCUGCACCAGCCUAUGUGUCAUUCAUAUUUUAUGUAAUACACUGUUUGU